AUGGGGUUCUUUAUCUCUGCAGUGUGGUUUCUUUCUGUUGAAGGAUUGUGGUUGUGCAGAGGGACUUCAUGCUCCUUUAAUGACUGAAGAACUGUUCUCUGAAGCCUUGAUGGGAGUACAAGCCCUACCUUCCUCUCCUGUCUGCCCUCCACUGCCUGCCUCGCCUCCUCUCACUCUGCAGAGUGCAGCCCAGCUGAGAAGCUGCUUCCUGAGGAGGCAGCCCCAGUCUUUGGUGCUGCAGACACCAGGCUGAGGCGUGCACAGUCCAUCAGGGAUCUUGGAGAGGAGUGUGGAUCCUCAAAAGGAGAGGCGAGGCAGAACGUCUCCCUCCUCCACCCGCCAGUCUUCUCUGCAACAUCCAUUCUCUACAUCAUGGAUCUCUGGAGGAAGAAAAUCCAGGGAUUAACUGCACAGGUUACUCUGCUACUUUUCACCUGCCAUGGAGCAGCUGGAGGAGAAACGUGUGACAGUCCACUGGUGUCCACUCUACCACAGUCGUCCUUCAGAAGCUCCUCCCGGCUGUCCAGCAGCCACGGGCCCGGCUUUGCAAAAUUGAACAGGAGAGAAGGAGCUGGAGGCUGGUCUCCUCUGAGUUCGGAUGUGUAUCAGUGGCUGGAGGUCGACCUGGGAGAGCGGAACAACAUCACAGCUGUGUCCACGCAAGGCCGUUACGGCAGCUCUGAUUGGUUGACAACAUAUUUGCUGAUGGUCAGUGACACUGGACAUAACUGGAAACAGUAUCAGCAGGAAGACAGCAUCGGGACCUUUCCUGGUAACAGUAAUGCAGAUAGUGUGGUUCAACACAAACUUCAACGGUCAGUGAUUGCACGUUACGUGCGCCUGAUUCCGACUGACUGGAAUCCCAAUGGAAGGAUUGGACUCAGGCUGGAGACCUAUGGAUGUUCUUAUAGUUCUGAUGUGGUGAGCUUUGAUGGCCGCAGCAGGCUUCUCUUCACAUUAAGUCUCAGCUCAACACCUAAGACGAAGCAGAGCAUCUCUCUUAAAUUUAAAACCUUAAAAAACUCGGGGAUCCUGCUGCAUGCAGAGGGCCAGAGUGAGCUCAGCCUUAUAUUACAACUCGAGAAAGGAAAACUUCUCCUGCUUCUACAAAAAGGUAGGAGCUCCUCUGCAGACCGACUCCACCUUGUGUCUCUGGGCAGCCUGUUGGACGAUCAACACUGGCACCAAGUCACAGUGGAACAUCACAGCUCUCACCUGAACCUCACUGUGGACCAAAGCACGCAGUGGAUCCACAUCCCACCAGGACUGACGCACUGGGACUAUGACAAGAUAACUGUUGGAGCUGAUGGUGACCUUGACUCCCAGAGGUCAACUCUAUCAAACAGAAACUUCUACGGCUGUCUGGAGAACCUCCUUUACAAUGACCUGAACCUGGUGGACUUUGCUAAACAGAAGGGCCGACUGGUUACUGUGGAGGGCAAUGUGACCUUUUCUUGUGCUGAGCCAGUUUUCAUCACCAUGACAUUCACCAGCACCCAGAGUUUCCUUUGGUUGCCGGCGGUGAUUGAUCCAUCAUCAGUGGACAUGUCAGUAGAUUUUCAGUUUCGGACGUGGAACAACGCGGGGUUGCUACUGACCUUUGACCUCCCUGGGGCAGAAGGUGGGGUCUGGAUGUACCUGAGUAAAGCUCGGCUCCAUCUUCGGAUCCACGAGCCCGGCAGGUCGCAGCUGGAGCUCAGCACAGGUUGGGGUCUGAAUGACGGCCAGUGGCACUCAGUGGAGUUGAUGUCAAGGCGAGGCCAUCUGAGCCUCGCAGUGGACAGAGACAAAGCUGCCGCCGCUCACACCACCCCCUUGUUUCUGGUUUCCUCCAGAAGUAAUUUCUUCUUUGGUGGUUGUCCUGCCGAAGGAAGCAGUGAAAAGUGCACAAACCCGUUCAGCGUCUUUCAGGGCUGCAUGCGUCAGCUGAGUCUGGACAACCGGCCCGUGGACCUGACCAGGGUGCAGCAGAGGCUGCUGGGAAACUACAGCCACCUACACAUUGACAUGUGCGGCAUCCUUGACAGGUGUUCUCCCAGUCACUGUGAACAUGGCAGCACCUGCUCUCAGUCAUGGAACACAUUCCACUGUAACUGUUCCGGCACCGGCUACAGCGGAGCCACAUGUCACUCCCCGAUAUAUGAGCAGUCCUGUGAAGCGUACAAACACAAAGGCAGCACGUCGGGGUAUUAUUACGUUGAUGAGGAUGGCAGUGGACCCAUCAGACCGCACUUAAUAUACUGCAACAUGACAGAGACACAAACAUGGAUGGUGAUCCAACAUAAUAACACCGACCUGACCAGAGUCCAUCUGCUACCUGGAACCACUCAGCACACGGUUAAUUUUGAAUAUGCAUCUGAGGAGGAGCAGCUAGCCGCCAUCAUCAGCCAAUCAGAGCACUGUGAACAGGAAGUGGCCUACCAUUGCAAAAAGUCCCGCCUCCUGUACACGCAAGGGGGCUCUCGGCUCAGCUGGUGGGUCGGGGGUCCUGGUCUCGGUCAGGUGCAGACUCAUUGGGGCGGCGCUCACCCGGGCAGCCAGCAGUGUGCGUGCCACCUGAAGGGGAACUGUGUAGACCCCAAAUACAACUGCAACUGCGAUGCCGACCGCCCUGAGUGGGCUGAGGAUUCAGGUCUACUGAUCCAUAAGGAAACUCUCCCGGUUAAGUCUUUGGUGCUUGGUGAUGUCCACAGGCCCGGUUCAGAAGGUGCCUAUCAGGUGGGACCGCUUCGUUGCCAUGGAGACAAAAACCUUUGGAAUGCUGCAUUUUUUGACAAGGAGACGUCGUACCUCCACUUUCCCACCUUUCAUGAAGAACUGAGCGCAGAUAUCUCCUUCUUGUUUAAAACCACUUCAUCCUCUGGAAUCUUCCUGGAAAAUCUGGGCAUCAAAGACUUCAUCCGGAUUGAACUCAGCACUCCCACUGAGAUCCUUUUCUCCUUCGAUGUGGGAAACGGACCUUUAGUGGUUCGGGUGAAUGCUGAGACGCCGCUGAAUGAUGACAGGUGGCAUCAUGUUCGAGCCGAGCGGAAUGUUAAAGAGGCAUCGGUUCGUCUCGAUGACCUUCCCGCCAGCACACAGGAGGCUCCUGCUGAUGGACACACCCACCUGCAACUGAACAGUCAGCUCUUCGUAGGAGGGACAGCGUCUCGGCAGAAGGGCUUUCGUGGAUGCAUUCGAUCCCUGCAGCUGAACGGCGUCACUCUGGACCUGGAGGAAAGGGCGAUGAUCACCCCCGGGGUUCGGCCAGGAUGUCCAGGCCACUGCAGCAGCUACGGCUCACUCUGCCAGAACCGCGGACGCUGUGUUGAGAGAUCAAACAGCUUUUCCUGCAACUGCAGCCUGUCUGCAUACACUGGAGCCUUCUGCGAAAAAGAAGUUUCAGCCAUUUUUCAGUCCAGAACGUCGAUCCGCUACACCUUCGAGGAUCCGGUGGUGAACAGCAGCAGCACUCUGCCCUCCUCCGUCUUCUCUGACACGAGCCUCAGAGCAGAAAACAUCUCGCUGUGCUUCAGUACCGCUCAGAGUCCUGCUCUGAUCCUCUACGUCAGCUCCUACCACAGCGAGUAUCUGGCUCUGCUGCUCGAGAAGCAUGGGCAGUUGGAGGUGAGGUACAGACUGGACAGCAGGAAGGAGACAGAGGUGCUGAGGAGCAGCGUGAGAACUCUUGCCAAUGGACAGCUACACACUGUUACCGUCAGCAGAAUGGCAUACUCCGUCUCUGUGCAGAUUGAUCACAUCACCAGAGAGCACUUCAACCUGACCUCUGAUGUCGAGUUCAAUGCCAUCAGAUCACUCGUUCUUGGCAGAGUUCACGAUUGUAGUGAGUUGGAUCCAGACUUGGCCCAGCUCGCCUCUUUGGGUUUUACCGGCUGCCUGUCUUCUGUCAGCUUUAAUUCCAUCAGCCCACUAAAAGCUGCUCUGCUCCAACCGGAUACUAGUCCAGUUGCCAUCACUGGCCCACUGGACCUGUCCAACUGUGGCUCCACAUCAGUCAGUCCCUACGCAGCUGAAACCACACACCACCAAUCAGGCCAAUCUGGAUCGGUGGGAACUGAUCAACCGUUAGUCAACCCCAUCAGCGGUGACUCGGCUCUGAUUGGAGGUGUGAUAGCUGUGGUAAUCUUUGUGGCUGUGUCUGCUUCACUGAUAACAGCCCGAUUCUUCUAUCGGGGGAAAGGAACCUUUCAGAGCCAGAAGGUAAAAAGGGUGAAUCCUGACGACAGGCCGGAGCUGCCAUGUAACACCCAGACUAACUCACAGAACGAACCCGGGCAGAACCAAAGGGAAUAUUUUAUUUAGGUGGAACGCUGAUACACUACUGAUCUGACAACACGGGAGAACAUGAACAGACUUUGUGAAGCUUUUCACCAUAAAAUGAGUCUGAACAGUUUAUUCAGCAAAUCAAACGGAUGACAAACAGAACAAUAUAUUCAUGUUUGGUCUUUUGUUGAUGCUCCUGUGGUUGUACUUUU